UCUCCACACAGCUGUGUGUGUGACUGACCAGUUGGGUGUUUCAGUGUAGUUGACUUUUUCCUUCCGUCUUCUCUGUUGUGUUCCCACCCUAUAACACCCUGAGUCCCCCCUCCACCCCUGGCAGUGUUUCUCUCUUUUCAGGUAUCACUUCUCUUUCCUCUGCACUCUGCUGCUUCUUUUCCAAGUAGUGCCCUUGAACCUCUCACAUCCUACAAGAGCAUCCCUGCUCCACACACACCCCUCACUGAGCACAGGAUGGACCCCCUGCCUCUGCUCCUAUACCUGUGUGCAGUGCUGGCACCGAGCCAUGGAUUCAGUGUGGACAUGGAGGGACCCAUCACCUUCCAGGAGACAGCUGAAGGGUUUGGGCAAAGCAUGUUGCAGAUCGGGAGUGCCAGCGGCGGGGGGCUGAUCAUCGGGGCCCCUCUGCAGACAGGAAAUGUGAAUGAAACAGGCAAAGUCUACAAGUGCGACCCGGACUCCAGACGCUGCCAGGAGAUCCCCAUCCAGAGGUCCCCAGAUGCCAUGGACAUGUCCCUCAGUUUGUCUCUGGCUGCCCAAGGCUCCCAGUUCCAGGUGUGCAUCCCCAUGGAGCAUCAGGCCUGUGGGGAGAACAAGUACGUCAGUCACAACUGCUACCCGCUGCAGCAGAGCUUCUCGCAACUCCAGCGCAUCCCGGACACCCAGCCAGAGUGCCCCAAACAUGUCGCAGACAUAGCGCUCCUCAUCGACGGCUCGGGCAGCAUCGCAUCUGUGGACUUUGAAAAGAUGAAGAUGUUUGUCUCUGAGAUCAUGAAGCGUUUCCGCAAAACCAACACACAGGUAACAGGCAGAGGCUGAACCCUGACUACGUACCCUGCCCC